UCCAAGGAUGCGAUGGCGAGCGAAUCGGGGUGCCCCCCCCCCCCAGCCCCCCAAUUUCGGGAGGGCCAGGACGUCCUCGCUCGCUGGACCGAUGGUCUCCUCUACCUCGGGACCAUCAAAAAGGUGGACCCCGACCGUCGCGGCUGUUUGGUUCAAUUUGAGGAUAACUCCCAAUUUCUCGUCCUUUGGAAAGACAUCAGCCCAGCGGCUGUGCCCGGCGAGGACCAAGCGUGCUGCGUGUGCUCGGCGCCGAGCCUGAACCCCCAAAAUCAACUCAUUCGCUGCCAAAAGUGCGGACACGCUUACCACCAGCAAUGCCAUCGCCCCCCCGCGCCCCCCUCGGGCUCCUGGAUUUGUCGCCGCUGCGUCUUCGCUCUCGCCACGAAGAGGGGGGGCGCUUUAAAGAAGGGUCCCCACGCUAAAGCCAUGCUGGGAAUGAAGAGGGUCCUCCCGUAUCAACUUGGGGGGCUGGAAUGGGACCCCCCCCACCUCGCCAACCGCCAGCAGUGCUACUGCUACUGUGGGGGACCCGGAGAAUGGAAUCUGAAGAUGCUGCAAUGCCGGAGCUGCUCCCAAUGGUUCCAUGAAGCCUGUACCCAGUGUCUGAGCAAACCGCUGCUCUACGGGGACCGGUUUUAUGUCUUCGAAUGCUGUGUCUGCACGGGGGGGGCCGAGAGCGUCCGGCGGCUGCCGCUGCGCUGGGUGGACGUCGCCCACCUCAUCCUCUACCACCUCAGCGUGUGCUGCAAGAAGAAAUACUUCGAUCUGGAGCGCGAGAUCCUGCCCUUCGCCAACGCCAACUGGGACGCCCUCCUGCUCGGGCCGCUCGCUGAGACCCCAAAGGGCGAGAGGUACCGGCAGCUUCUCGGAGCCCUGAAUGCCCACAAGGACAGAUUCAUUUCAGGUCGGGAGAUGAAGAAACGCAAAGGGCUCUUUGGGCUUCACACUCGGGCGCCCCCCCCGCUGCCCCCCAACUUUUUGGGGGGGCUCCCCCCUUCCUCCUCCUCCCUUCUCCCCCCCCCCACCAGGAGGGGGGGGUCUCUUCCAGCUCCCCCCCAGGGCAAGAAAAGGGGGGGCCCCGCCGUCGCCCACCCCCCCGCCGCGCACAGGGCCCCCCCGGAGGGUCCUACAACUUCCGAAGGACGGACGCGCGCUGCCCCCCCAGCCCCCCCAUCCGGAUGUUCGCGUCCUUCCACCCCUCGGCCAACACCGCCCCGGCUCGCAGCGCCGCCAGCCCGGCCCCCGAGAGCCCCGAGCGCCCCCCCCGCCGCCCGCCAGGCCCCGCCCACUCCAAACAGACCACGCCCACUCGGGCGCAAACCACGCCCUUUCACCACCAAACCACGCCCACGUCGCCUCAGGCCCCGCCCCCUCCGCGCGUGCUCGCCCGGCGCGUGACCCUGGACGGGACGGUGCAGUACCUGGUGGAGAGGGGCGGGGCCGGAGCGCUCGGGGACCCCCAAUAAACACCGACUGGGAGCACUGGUCUGUACUG